UCAUUCUCGAGAAGCUCUUUCACUAGAGUUAUCGCUCCUCUUCCCCUUCCAGAGUACUCCUUCGCAAUGGCUCCCAUCACAGAUGACGUGGUCGCUGGACUCAAGUCCACGAUCGGUAAGCUCGAAGCUCGCAUUGAGGACUUGGAAAGCCGCCUCGGCGGUGAACCCAAGCCCAAGUCUAUCGCGGAGCACAUGCGAAUCAUUCUUAUGGGACCUCCUGGUGCCGGCAAGGGUACGCAGGCACCUAAGAUCAAGGAGAAGUACUGCGUGUGCCACCUGGCUACUGGUGACAUGCUGCGAUCCCAGGUCGCGAAGAAGACCGACCUCGGAAGGGAGGCUAAGAAGAUCAUGGAUCAGGGUGGUCUGGUCAGCGAUGAGAUCAUGGUUAACAUGAUCAAGAGUGAAUUGGAGAACAACGCAGAGUGCAAGAACGGUUUCAUUCUGGACGGUUUCCCUCGCACUGUCGCCCAGGCUGAGCGCCUCGACGAGAUGCUGGUUGCUCGCAACCAGAAGCUUCAGCAUGCCAUCGAGCUUAAGAUUGACGAUGCCCUCCUGGUUGCCCGUAUCACCGGUCGUCUCGUCCACCCGGCUUCCGGCCGUUCAUACCACAAGAUCUUUAACCCUCCCAAGGAGGCCAUGAAGGAUGACAUCACCGGCGAGCCCCUUGUCCAGCGCUCCGAUGACAAUGCUGAGGCUCUCAAGAAGCGUCUGGUCACAUAUCACGCCCAGACUGCCCCUGUUUGCGAUUAUUACAAGAAGACUGGUAUCUGGAGGGGUAUCGACGCCAGCCAAGAGCCUGGUCAGGUCUGGAAGAGCCUUCUCGGUGUCUUCAACAAUAAGAACUAAGCUAUUUAUUUGCUUGCGUACGCAGUUUGCUGAAAUAAUGUGCGUCUGUAUUCUUGAUAUAAGUGAUAUGAGCGAUUGUCAGGAGAAUCGUAAAUGGCUUUGCCCUGCCUUUAAAAAAAGCAGGUUUGGGAAUAGAGCUGUCUCAGGGGCUGGGUCGAGAUAUAGACAACUGGGGCUCGCUAUGUACAAUAGUUCAAAGAUCGUGCUGUAUGAG